AUGUCUAGUCCAUUAACUCAGGUUAAAACUGCCUUGGCUACCAUGUAUUCCAAUGGUACCCAAGAAGAAAAGAAAACCGCAACACAACUUCUUGAAUCAUUUCAAAAAUCUCAAGAAGCUUGGGAACUCGUUCAUACUAUUUUGAAUGACAGUAAUGAAUCGAUUGAAUUCCGUUUAUUUGCUGCGCAAACCCUUAGAUCAAAGGUUACUUAUGAUCUUGCACAACUUCCUGAAGGUUCUUACCCUCAACUUAAAGACUCUCUCAUUGAUUUGCUUACUAAAUACCCAGAUCAACCCCACAGAAUUAUAAGAACUCAACUUUGUAUUGCUCUUUCUCAAUUUGCCUUACAAUAUUUGACUUGGGAAAAUGCAUUAACUGAAAUUAUUUCAAAACUUUCAAAAGAAGAAUUAAUUACUUCAUUACUUGAUUUCUUAAAGAUUUUACCUGAAGAACUUUCAGACGUAAAGAAAACUUCUUUAACUGAUGAUGAAUUCAAUUCAAGAACUCAAGCACUCAUUACUUCCAACGUUGAACAGGUCCUUAUGAUUCUUAACAAUUUAACUACCUCAAACCAAGGUAAUUCAAAAUUAAACUCAUUGAUUUUAGAUUGUUUAAACAGUUGGAUUAAAGAAUGUCCAAUUGAAAGUAUUUUACAAAUCACAACCCUUACAAAUUUGAUUUUCCAAUCUCUUAAUAAUGAAGAUACAUUUGAAAAAUCUAUUGAAUGUUUAUGUACCAUUAUGAGUGAAACUAGAGAUAUUGAUAAUCAUGAAUUGAUUGAUGCACUUUUCCAACAAUUAUUACAAUUACAUUCUUACAUGUCCUCGAAUAAGGAAUUAUUGGAGGACCCUGAAACUUUCGGCAGUCUUACUAGAUUAUAUGUUGAAGCAGGUGAAGCAUGGCACGUCCUUAUUGCCAAAAAUCCAAAACAUUUUAAACCUCUUGUUGAAAUCUUAUUAGAAUGUUGUCAACGUAAUGAAGAUUUAGAUGUGGUUAAGUUUACCUUUAUGUUUUGGUAUCUUUUAAAACAAUUAUUAACAUUGCCAAAGUUUACUGAUGCUAAACAAGAAUUUAGUGAAAUUUAUGGUAAAUUAAUUGAAAUUAUUAUUCGUCAUUUAACAUAUCCAACAGAUUCAAAUGAUGAUGAUAAUUUGUUCGAUGGAGAUAAAGAACAAGAAGAUAAAUUCAAAGAAUUUAGAUAUGAAAUGGGUGAUGUUUUAAAAGAUUGUUGUGCAGUAGUUGGUCCAACUCGAGCAUUAAACAUCCCAUUCCAACAAAUUCAAACUAUAUUACAAUCUGGUAAUAAUCUGGCUAGAUGGCAAAAUUUAGAAGCUCCAUUAUUCUCUAUGCGAGCCAUGGCUAAGGAAGUUCCAUUAAAGGAAAAGACCAUUUUACCAACAAUUAUGACUUUUCUUGUUCAGCUUCCAGAACAUCCUAAAAUUCGAUAUGCCGCUACCUUGGUCUUGGGUCGUUAUACCGAAUGGACUGCUAAGAAUCCAUCCUUUUUAGAACCGCAAUUGAACUAUAUUAUCAAGGGGUUUGAAGGUGCUGAUUUAAGUAAAAAUAAAGACAUUAUUGUUGCUGCAUCCCAUGCUUUAAUGUAUUUCUGUCAAGAUUGCUCUGAACUUUUGGUUAAUUAUCUUGAACCGUUAUAUUUACUUUAUGGGCAAGUUAAAGAUCAAUUGGAUAUUGAGUCUACUUAUGAACUUACUGAUGGGUUAGCUCAUGUGAUUAAACAGCUUCCAGAAGAAAACUUAUAUAAAACAUUGGGAAUGUUUUGUAAACCAACUUUGGACCUUUUAAAUUCAAUUCUUAAUUCAAAUGAACAAGGUGAUCAAGUUUAUAAAUUACUUGCUGAUCAACUAGAAGUUCUUACAACGUUCAUCACUGUUUUGAGAUGUAAAGAUUUCGAAAAGCCAAUCUCGCCUGUUUGUAAUUUUUUCAUCGAUUCUAUAUGGCCAGUUGUUUCUCAAAUCAUUAGCAAGUUUGGUAAUGUUUUAAUUGUUAGUGAAAGAUCCCUUAAACUCAUUAAAAAUUCAGUACAAUCUUUCAGUACUUACUUGAACCCUAUUUUGCCAGCAAUCGCCACUAUAUUACACGAUGGAUUUGCAAAGACAAAGUUUGGUUGUUAUCUUUGGGUUUCCGGAAUUUUGAUUCGUGAAUAUGGUGAUGAAUAUUCAUCUGAGGAUAUUAAAGAAUCUAUUUAUCAAUUUGCAUUAUCUCAAUGUUCCUUAUUUUAUGAUAUUUUGAAGGCAGAACAGAAUUUGAAGAAUAUUCCUGAUGUUAUUGAAGAUUUCUUUAGAAUGAUGAAUGAUUUACUUAUGUUUUAUCCAUUCAAAAUGAUCUCUAACUUUGAUCUUUUGAAACCAACCUGGGAUUCAAGUAUCGUGAGUUUGAAUUCCCUUGAUCAAGUCAAUCCUUUAGUAGCUGUCUUGCAUUUCUUAAUUGAUUUAAUCUCAUGGGGGUUACCUACCCCACCUAUUUCAUUCUUUGAUGAAAACCCACAACAUGUACGUGAAGGUGUACAACAAUUUUUAAUUUUGGAUAAUAAUGGAGGUCAUUUAAUGAAGGUUGUUAUUGAGGGCCUUAUCUAUCAUUUCCAUAACGACAUUCAACAAGACGCAAGUGACUUGCUUUUAAAGAUUCUUACUGUUAUUCCUGAUUCAAACGUUUCCAUUAACUGGCUUACUGACGUCGUUAAAUCCUUACCAAAUGUAAGUGGUAAAGAAUUAGAUAAGUUAAUCAACACUGUCAGUGUAUCUUUACCAAAUAAGGAUAACCGCAGAAUCAGAACUUCUAUUAGAGAUUUCGUACAUUGGUAUUCUCGUAAGAAUGUUUCUCCAAGAUCAGAAUUUUAA